GGUUGCUCAUAUUGUCAAUUUUGUUUGUGUUUCUUGGUUUGAGGCCAGACAGAAGAGGUCAUUAAUUUCAAACAAAGGACCCAGAGCACGCUUCAGGACAUUCAUCCCGGGUCAGACAAAGCCGACUCUCGCUUUCCAGACCGAAUAGUGAAAGUAGCUUGCCUUGUUGCUUCUUAGCUUCCGAGGAGGUCGGACAUGAAUAAGCGCAACCAUAUCCGCCUGCCGCCGGAGGUGAAUCGGUUGUUGUAUGUGCGAAACCUGCCGUACAAAAUCACCUCCGAUGAAAUGUACGACAUUUUCGGCAAGUUUGGAGCCAUUCGCCAGAUUCGAGUAGGCAACACUCCGGAGACCCGCGGCACCGCCUUUGUUGUCUACGAGGACAUUUUUGAUGCCAAAAACGCCUGCGACCAUUUGUCUGGCUUCAACGUGUGCAACCGCUACCUGGUUGUGCUCUAUUACCAGUCCAACAAGGCCUUUAAGCGCGUCGACAUGGACAAGAAACAGGAGGAGCUCAACAACAUUAAGGCAAAGUACAACCUGAAGACCCCCGAGGCCCCCUAAAACCAUCAUCAUCCUCUCCAGCGGCAGGCGGAUGACAUCUGCUUCAUAAGACACUUUCCACUGUAAAGGGAACAUUUUGCUCCAUUUAAGUGUAUACAAAAUUUUUGCUAUCUACUUGUAGAUUUUUUUGAUCGCAUUUUAUAUCGUUUGAAACUAAUCAUUAUCAUCCAUCCAUCACUCCAUCUAUCACAUGAAUUCAUUUGAUAACAUAACGCCACUCUCUCAUCAAAAUAACAAGCAAGUAAAAGUAAAAAAUAAAAAAAAUCGCAAAACCAAGCAAA